GCGCGGUGCGGGCGCUCGGCCGCCGCCGCCGCCGCGAUGAACAGUGUGGGCGAGGCUUGCACCGAGCUGAAGCGUGAGUACGAUCAGUGCUUCAACCGCUGGUUCGCCGAGAAAUUCCUCAAAGGCGAGAGCUCCGGGGAUCCCUGCGGACAGCUCUUCAAGCGCUACCAGAUCUGCGUGCAGAAAGCAAUCAAGGAAAAGGACAUACCCAUUGAAGGCCUGGAGUUUAUGGGCCCAAACAAAGGAAAAACUGAAAACUCCUCUUGACCUCAGCUGGAUGGAUGGAGUCACUAAUUUGGGCCUUUGGACUAAAUGACAUCAGCAGGCAUGCAGCUGGAUGCAACCCAGAUCAAACCUUUGUUAAGCUGCUUUCUGGGAAGCAAGAGGUCUGCUUGUAAAGACAAAUGGCCACCAUAAAACAAGACAAAGGUGGGGGAGAGUGGGGAAUGGGCAAAAGGAAAAAGAAAGACUGGAUCAUGUGGUAGUCCUGCCUCCUUUACACUGAAUUUUGGUGGUGGUUCAGCAUCUAAUUGGGUGAAAAGCCAUUUGAACUAACUUCCUAUUGAAUGUACUCUUUAUUGGGAGAAUGCUUACUAGACUGGGCUGACAGUAGUUGCUUUGUGACUGAUUUUUCUUGCUUAUUUAUGUAACACUUGAAACUGUUAAAAAGACUAUGAAGGAGGUUGAUUUACCUUGUCUUGUCUCUAUGCUGCUGAAUUUUGGUGGAAGAAGUUUGCUUUAUAGGAUAUUGAAUAUUGAGGGGCUAAAACAUUUUGUAUCAGCAAAAUAAUUGGUGUAAAAGCACUCUAUUGGACCUGCAGUAACUCAGCUGAAAUAAAUAUAACUAACUUCUAUUUUGUUCAAGUAGAUAACUGUCCAGUAGAAUCUGAUUGUGACUUCAAGGAGGGAUGGGCUGGCCUGCAGCACAAGCUGAAGAGGACACUUCUAGUGCAAAGGCAGUUUCUUCAGAACUUGUCUGAGGUACUGAAACAAUCCUGAACUGGAAUUCCCUCUUUCUGAGCGUUAUCUAUUCCUGCACAAAAGCACUAGGCUGGCCACAGUCACUGCCACACCUCUGCUUGUGGUAGUUGAAGCCUGUGUUGAAUGCGGGAAACACUGGCUUGAAGUUUGACAGCUGAUAGUGUUAAAUGCCCCAGCUGUUACUUGGGGAUCUUACCUGCACACAAAGCUGCUCCUGAACUCUCUGUACUUACACCCAGGAAAGCAAAGGGAAGAUGUUUGUGCUGGCUUGUUAAACUGCAUUGACUAGAAAAAAAAGUGUUCAGAAGAGAAACAAGGGAUCAGGAUCUACCCUGUCCAGUGGCUGUGUGAGCACUGUGGUGGGGGAGGAGACUUCUGUUGAUCCUCAUACAGGGAUGAAGAAAAGCUGUCCCCUCUUAUUACACCAAUACAGGUGAAAGAGUAACAAAUAUUAUGGCCUAGGGAUGAAAGAGAAAUCAAAUUUCCUA